AUGGCUGCCGGACCGGGAGAGGCCAUGGCCCACAGUGCCUUCGACACCAUCUUGGUGCUCGACUUUGGCUCACAGUAUACCCACCUGAUUACUCGCCGUCUCCGUGAGCUCAACGUCUUCUCCGAGAUGUUGCCAUGCACCCAGAAGCUGUCGGAGCUCAAGUUCGUCCCCAAGGGCAUCAUUCUCUCGGGCGGGCCCUACUCUGUCUACGAGGAAGGCAGCCCUCAUGUUGACCCUGCGGUCUUCGACCUAAAUGGCAUGCAGGAGCUGGCCUACCGUCUCAACCCGGACAAUGUCAUUGCUGGCACGCACCGCGAAUAUGGCCAUGCAAUGCUCAAGGCGCGGUCCAUCGAUAACCACGUUGACCGCCUUUUUGAGGGUAUCGAGGAGUCCAUGCGGGUGUGGAUGAGCCAUGGCGACAAGUUGGCUAAGCUGCCAGACGGCUUCCACACGGUUGCCACGUCGGACAACUCAGAAUACGCCGCCAUCGGCCACCAAAGCAAGCCAAUCUACGGCCUGCAGUUCCACCCUGAGGUUACACACACCCAAAACGGAACCGCACUCUUGAAGAACUUUGCCGUCGGCAUCUGCGGCUGCAAGCAAGAGUGGACCAUGCAGAAGUUUCUGGAAGAGGCGAUUGCCCAAAUUCGCCACACUGUCGGUGAAAAGGGGCAGGUGUUGGCUGCCAUCAGUGGUGGCGUUGACUCAACGGUUGCCGCGAAACUAAUGAAAGAAGCGAUUGGUUCCAGGUUCUGGGCCGUGCUCGUCAAUAAUGGCGUUAUGCGACUGAAUGAGUGCGAGCAGGUCAAGAAGGACCUGACUGAGGCGCUUGGCAUCAACCUCACCGUCGUCGAGGCCUCGGACCGGUUCCUCGAUGGACUGAAGGGUAUUGAUGACCCCGAAGUAUUUCGCCCUCCCCCGCAUUAUUACGUUUUUAUCGAAGAGGCUGCCGCUAAUGACCCAGCCAAGGCUGGCAAGAUCGAGUUCUUCAUGCAAGGCACCCUCUACCCGGAUGUGAUCGAGUCGCUCUCGUUCAAGGGCCCUUCGGCCACCAUCAAGGAUGAAGUCCGCGCGCUUGGACGUGCCCUGGGGAUCCGGGAGGAACUUGUGAUGAGGAUCUUCAUCUCUGAGAUCCGCAAGGCGGGGAUUUAUGACCAAAUUUCCCAAGCCUAUGCCGCCGUCGAUCCCAGUCGCGCCGUGGGCGUGAUGGGCGAUAAGCGAGUUUACGGCUACGUAUGCUGCGCUACCCGGGUGCUGCACCCGCUUCCCUGUCGCGUGUUACUAAUGCCCGGCAGAUCAUCGUCCUCCGCGCCGUGA